UUUUUAAUCAUAAUAUAUUAAUAUUAUAGUUUUUAAUUUUAUCUUUAUAUUUUGAUUURUAUGUAAUUGUAUUUUUCAACACCCCAAUCCGCGUAUAAAUCACUGGCUUUAAUUUAAUCUCAACUUUUAGUUUUUGUAUUCUUAACCAAGUUCAUAAUGGAUCCUCAAUUAAAUUUUGAUCAAUUCUGUCUUAAACGAAUUUUGAUGAACGACACACAUCGCAAAAUGAUAGCUGUUGAAGGAAAUUUUAAAGGAAACCAAGAACCCGCUGUUGUUGUYAUAGAAAAAUAUGCUUUUGAUGAAGCUUCUGUGUUAAAUGUAUGCAACGCUCAGACGAAAUUCAAAAAAGAUUUAGACAAUGACAUUUAUAAAUCAUUCAGUUGCGUACCACAAUAUGAUGAAAACAUUUCUUCCAGUAAAAUGGACAUAAUAUACCCUGCGACAAACAAACAUAUUUUAAAAUUUUCRAGUCAACCUAUGUAUUUUGUGAAUGAAACUGAAGAAAUGUAUCAAACUAUAACUUUACCUCAUAUAUUGGAUAACAGUUUUUCACUACAAUGGCUAUACAAUUGCUUAGAGUAUAAAUCAGAAAAAGAAAGAAUAGUAUAUGAUACAGCUUCUGAGAAUCAAAAAGAUGAUGAAGAUAAUGGCUUUUUACUUUUACCAGACUUAAAAUGGUCCGGUAAAUUGAAUGAGUUGUACUUGUUAGCAAUUAUCAAAAAAAGAAACAUUAAAUCACUUAGAGAUUUAACAAAUGAUCACUUGCCAUUAUUAAAAAAUAUUUUAAACAAAGGAUCAGCAGCUAUUUAUAAAUUAUAUGGAGUUCAACAAUCUCAAUUACGUACUUAUGUCCACUAUCAACCUUCAUUCUAUCACUUUCAUGUUCACUUUACAUAUUUGAUGCAUAUACCUCCAGGAAUAAAUGUUGGAAAAGCUCAUUUACUUACAACAGUAAUUAAUAAUAUUGAAAUGCAAAGCAACUACUAUCAAAAAGCCACAUUAGAUUAUGUUAUUAAGGAAAGUGAUCCUUUGUUUAAUCGUUUUGAAGAAAAAGGAAUUCUUCAUAAAGCCAAACUUAUUGAUGAAAUUAGCAACGUAUAAGACAGCAUCUUAAUAUAUAUAUAUAUUUUUUUUUAAUAAGCUUCAAGCCAGUCAAAAAACAUUUCGUAUAUGUUCUAAUAAACAUAGUAAUAGAAUGUAUUAAAAUUAUUCUACUCAUAAUUAUAAACUUGUGAUAAGUAUUAA